AUGGAUGAAGUUUUGCUUGAUGCAUAUUUGCAUCAACAAACAUUGGAAAAUAAAAAUGGUAAUAGUAUGACAACAAGCGCUAUGGAUAGCAUUCUUAAAGAAUUGAAGACUCACUUUCCGGACAAACCAAUUUCCAAAGAAAAAAUAAAAGACCACAUGAAACACAUCAAAACAAAGUUCAAUUCUUGUUAUGACCUUUUCCAGAAUGGCUUAAAUGGGUUUGGAUGGGAUUCAACAACAAAUAUGUGGAUUGUCAAAGAUGAAGCAAAACCCGAAGCUGCUGAAUGGAAAAAUAAGCCAAUAUUAUUUUAUGAUAAAUUGGCUAAUUUUUUUGGAAAAGAUCGAGCAACAGGAGAGCAUGAAGGUACAACUGCUGAAAUGAGAGCAAAAAAGGCUGCAAAUGUUGAAAAAAGUCAUGGCACAACCAUCGAAGAAAUAAACCACUUAGUUAAAACCAAUGAAGUUAUUUUGGAGGGAUUUGAUGAUGCUGAACAUCAUUCCAACAAUUCUUCUACAAGGCCUUCUAUUACCAAUUAUUAA